ACCCCCUCUAUCGAGGAGAGCCCCCUCGCAGAACCAGUAACCCGCACUGACCCCCGCUCCGAUCUCCCCAAUCCCCUCCAAAUCCCUCGCCGGAACCCUAGCCCCGCGCCGCCGCCGCCGCCAUGCCUCCGCGCCGCUCUAAGGGAGGGGCCGGGGGCCAGCCCGACUCCGAAGCCAGCGACGCCGAGCCCGUGGAGACCGCGGUCGACGCCAUGUCCGAAGACGAGGCCGACGACGGCAACUCCAACGAGGACUCCGCUGAGAGCGGAGCUGACGAUACGGACGGCGAGGCCUCCAAGGAGGAAGCCGCCGAUACCAAGGCCGAGGAGAUGGAUGCGGAGCAUGAAGAGGAAGCUGGCGCAACCAAGGCCGAGGAGAUGGUCGCCGAACCUGAAGCCAAUGGUGCAGAUGCGGGGACCAAGGUCGAGGCGGCGGAGGCCAAGGUCGAAGAGGAAGCCGCCCAGAGCGACUCUGAGCGCAAGGCAGGUGCCCGAGAAGCCGAUCCAGAAGCGGAGGCAGAGGAAACCGACGGCGAGAAUGAAGAGCAAGCCGCUCGGACCGACGGCGGGAGUGGAGAGGAAGCUGCCGGGACUGUUGGCGAGGACGAAGAAGAAGCCGCCGGCACAGACGGCGACAACGCCGCUGAGGUUGGUGGCGAGAACGUAGAUGCGGAUUCUGAAGCCGAAGGUGAGGGUACUGAUGCCGAGCCUGACGCUCUGGAGGAAUCCCCUCCCCCCUCUCCUCCAGCCCGUAGCCGCCGCCGCAAGCGAGUGGUCAAACCCGACCCGCCUACUGAGGAUGACGAGGAAGAGGAGACCCCUCUGCCUUCACGUCGGCGCCGGCGUCGCAAAGCAGGAGAACGUGGCGAUUCUCCUCCGCCACUGCCGGAUAACCUCCGGUGCCGCAGAAGUGAUGGUAAGAAGUGGCGCUGCUCAGCUCGUGCACUCCCCACUGUCAGCUUUUGCGAGUAUCAUUAUGCCAAGGCUAGCAAGGGCAAGAAACCGCCAGCCGAUGGGGAGGUCCUUGCCGUGGCUCUCCAACGGCAAAAGAAGAACAAGAGAAAGGGAAGAAAGCGCUUAAAUCUGGCGCCAGAAUCACCAAAGGCCACAAGGGAUCUCCCUAAUGGAUUGAUGACAAUUUCACCGGGGAGCAGUGGGCCGCUAGGCUCCCCUGUGACUACAAAGGUUGGAGUGGAUAUUCCCGCACCACUCCGGCGGUGCUACCGUUCCAAGAAUGCUGAGCCAGUGCCUGUUGGCCCUGUGAAGGUCGUUCCUCAUGCAAUGAGUAAAGCAAAGGCAGCACAGAUGUCAUGCCACCGUUGUGGGUUGAAGAAGGUAGCACGCGUUGUCAAGUGCAAGAACUGUGAAAACAAGUACUUCUGCAACAGCUGCAUCAAUAAAUGGUAUUCUGGGAUGUCCAGGAAUGAUAUAAAGAUCCAAUGCCCGGUUUGCCGUGGCUGCUGUGAUUGCAAAAAGUGCACCCUUGGUCAGACCAAGGGAGGUAUGCGGAAGGAAUCACCAGGUGGUCAAGGGAAACUAAUCAGGAUCAAAAUCUGCAAUCACCAAUUUUACAAGCUUUUACCCUUGAAACUUGACCAGGAACAGCUUGAUGAAUUGGAAAUUGAAGCUAAAAUACAAGGAACAAAGUUAUCCAAUGUCCGCGUUCAGGUAGCUGAAGAUGACCAGAGCGGGUCACUUUACUGUAAUAACUGUAAGCUGUCCGUGCACCAAGCCUUGAGAAGCUGCCCAAGAUGCCCUUUUAAGCUGUGCCUAAGUUGCUGUCAGAAGAUACGUGAAGGGAGUAUGUCAGGCAGCACCCCUGAAGAUAAAUUUACACAACGACUGUUGCAGCAAGAGUCAGCCCAUGAGGAUGGCAGCAUAAGUUGCCCUUCCAUUGAGUUGGGUGGCUGUGGCGACUCUCUGUUAAACUUGAUAUAUACAUCCCCAUCUGAUGACCAGUCGGGGGAACUAAGUUCAGGAGACGAGCUAGAUGCUCCAGGCAAUGACUCUGGAGUUAAAGAUGCACAAGAUCAUUCCUCGCCUUUAGCCGAGAGUAAUGGUAGUCUUGCCAGAUUAUCCGGUGGUCAGCAGGAAUCGAUGUCCACAUAAUCUCUGGUGAUUUUGCAGCAGAUACCCACCCAUGCAUCUUUUGGUGUGUGAGAUGGGAUAUGGUCUGAAGUGGGUAGAGGUUAGAGUGGCUUAUUUAGUGUGAUUAUCGGCUGAUUUUAGGUCUGUGACCUACCUGGGGAUAUUCUCGAGUAAUUGUUUGGUGUUGUUCAUCUUGGAUUUAUACAUUAUGUUUGUUGUCAGUGUAAAUAGGGUAUGACUAUUUAUCAUCCAUGAGUCGGAAGCUUGUAUCGGUUCGGUCGUAUUGUGGUUAAUUUAGAAAACUGUCUGUACUCUAUCGGCUAUUGCAGUGUUCGAGAAAGUGAGGGAUUCUAUUGGAUUAGUCGUCUGAAAUAAAAGCGACUUUGGGAUGGUUACAUUGAA